CUAACUUUAUGAUAUAGAGAAGCCAAAAGAGAUUAGGACUUUUGAGAUAGAGUGAAAUUAAAGAAUCAAGAUUAUAUAUAAAUUAUAAAAAAAUACAUCAAGAUAUUGAAGUCCUCCUCAUCAUCAUAUAUAUUGAAGAAAAUUAAAGCUUAGUGAAAGCAUGCUUUGUCUGCCAUUAAAGCUUCAAUGAGGAACUCAUAUCCAUCCUUUCCAUUUACCUAAAGAUCCUUCACUAUCAUUGCCAUUUGGAAAAGAAAAUAGGCUUUUGUGUUAUAUUUUCUUGAAUAAAAUAAAGGGUUUUCUUGAUUCAGUGUAUUUGAGUUUUUCCAUUUCCUUUUUUUUGGCUUGUCCUGAAAUAAAGGUUGAAUCUUUCUCAUUUUUAUCCAACCCUUUUUCAAAAUCUUGCAUGUAUAUAGGAAGAUCCCCACCAUUAUUGGAAAAAUGUUGGAGGUUCUUGGUUUUAGAUAUAGUAUAAUCUUUGAUUUUAUCUUUUCCUCAAUUCAUGAGUUUUAUGGUCUUUGCUCUGUCAUCAUCUAAAGGAAUUACUUGAGAGUUCUUUGCUUUUUCUGGGUUUUUGGUGGAAUUCAGCUCUUUUUGACAAGGUGAUGGGCUCAAUAGCCUAGAGGUCAAACUGAGACUGUCUUAUUGGAAGUUUGUUAUGAUGUCUGGAGAUUUUGAAUCAAGAAGUGGUUUAGUUCUUCUAAUUUGGAUAAGUGCUUUGGUGGCUGCUGUACUAUUGCUGGUUUCUCCUGCCGAAGGAUUGAAUCAGGAAGGAAUGUACCUUCUUGAAUUGAAGAAGAAUUUCCAGGAUUCGUUUAACCAUUUGGGGAAUUGGAAUCCAAAUGAUGAAACUCCUUGUGGCUGGGUAGGUGUGAAUUGCACUUCUGAUUAUAAUCCAGUUGUGCAAUCUCUUUAUCUGAGCUAUAUGAAUCUUUCAGGCACGUUGAGUUCUAGCAUUGGUGGUCUUGAAUAUUUAGCUUAUCUUAACCUGUCUUACAAUCAAUUCACCGGGAACAUUCCCAAAGAGAUUGGAAAUUGCUCAAAAUUGCAGUCUCUCCAGCUCCAUUUUAAUACUUUUUACGGUCCGAUUCCUGCUGAACUGUAUAACCUGUCUAAUUUGAAGGAUGUGAACAUGAGCAGCAACAUGAUCUCUGGUCCUAUUGCUGAGGAGUUUGGGAAACUCUCGUCUCUAGUUACUUUCGUUGCAUACACCAAUAAUCUUACCGGUCCAGUGCCUCGAUCUAUUGGAAGUUUGAAAAAUUUGACAAUAUUUCGAGUGGGGCAGAAUGCACUUUCUGGAAGUUUACCUGCAGAGAUAGGUGGUUGUGAGAGCUUGGAAUCUCUUGGUCUAACACAGAAUUGCCUGGAAGGAAACAUACCAAAAGAACUUGGCAUGCUUAGUAAGUUGAAAGAGCUUGUGCUUUGGGGAAAUCAGUUCUCUGGUUAUAUUCCAAAGGAACUUGGAAAUUUAACACAAAUUCAAUUGCUUGCUUUAUAUCAGAAUAACCUGAUUGGAGAUAUUCCUGCUGAAAUAGGUAAACUCAAAACUUUGACGAAGUUAUACCUAUACCGGAAUGGAUUAAAUGGUAGCAUUCCAAGGGAGAUUGGGAAUCUUUCUAUGGCAACAGAAAUUGAUUUCUCAGAAAACUUUCUGAAAGGAGAAAUUCCAGUUGAGUUUGGCCAAAUAAAAAGUCUGAAAUUGUUGUUUCUUUUCCAGAAUCAGCUCGAAGGCGUUAUACCAGAUGAACUUACUACAUUAAAGAACUUGAUUAGUCUUGAUUUGUCAAUUAAUCACCUAACAGGUCCUAUUCCAUUUGGUUUUCAGUAUCAAAAGGAAUUGGUUCAGUUACAGCUUUUUGAGAAUUCUUUAACUGGUACUAUUCCUCAACGUCUUGGCAUUUAUAGUCGACUUUGGGUGCUUGAUUUAAAUAACAAUCAACUCACAGGAAGAAUUCCUCCAUUCGUUUGUCAGAAUUCCAAUUUGAUUUUGCUGAAUCUUGCAUCAAAUAAAUUGCAUGGAUAUAUUCCAUCUGGUGUUCUUAAAUGUGAUUCAUUGGUGCAACUUCGUCUGAACGAUAACAGGCUAACAGGGACAUUUCCUUCUGAGUUGUGCAAAUUGAUAAACCUGUCUGCUGUUGAACUGGGGCAGAACAAGUUCACUGGUCCAAUACCUCCUGAUAUUAAAUAUUGCCAGAAGUUGCAGAGGCUUGAUUUCUCAGGCAAUAGUUUCAACCAGUUGCCAAGGGAGAUAGGAAAUCUUACCAGGCUUGUGACAUUCAACGUCUCAGCAAAUUCGCUCACUGGACCGAUACCUCCAGAAAUUCGGAACUGCAAGGCACUACAAAGACUGGAUCUCAGCAAGAACAGAUUUACUGAUGUUAUACCUGAUGACAUUGGUAGCUUGUCGCAGCUAGAACGUCUUUUGCUUUCAGAGAAUAAGUUAUCUGGAAAGAUACCAGCAGCAUUGGGGAGCCUCUCUCAUUUGACUGAGCUGCAGAUGGGCAGUAAUCUAUUGUCAGGUGAAAUACCAUCAGAGUUGGGUAAUCUUAGUGGCUUACAAAUUGCAAUGGAUCUUAGCAACAACAAUCUCUCUGGCAGUAUACCACCCAACCUUGGUAAUCUUAUCCUAUUAGAGUACCUAUAUCUCAACAACAAUCAUUUGAGUGGUGAAAUACCAAGCACAUUUGGAAACCUGACAAGUCUCUUGGGCAUUGACUUCUCAUACAAUGACCUGACUGGACCACUGCCGGAUAUACCACUCUUUCGGAACAUGGAUAUCAGCAGCUUCAUUGGAAACAAAGGUCUUUGCGGUGGGCCUCUAGGGGAAUGUAAUGCAUCUCCAGCUUAUGAUGCCAAUAAUCCUCCUAGAGUCGAGAGUGCAGAUUCUCCUCGAGCAAAGAUUAUUACUGCAGUUGCCGGUGUAAUUGGUGGAGUUUCUCUUGUUUUGAUUGUGGUAGUUUUGUACUAUAUGAAGCAGCAUCCAGUUGAGAUGGUGGUAACCCAGGAUAAAGACAUGUCAUCUUCAGAUCCAGACAUUUAUUUCCGUCCCAAAGAGGGUUUCACUUUCCAGGACUUGGUUGAGGCUACAAACAAUUUUCAGGAUUGUUAUGUUCUUGGAAGAGGAGCCGUCGGAACAGUUUACAAAGCAGUCAUGCAGUCUGGACAAACGAUUGCAGUCAAGAAGCUUGCUUCUAACAGAGAGGGUAAUAACAUCGACAAUAGCUUCCGUGCAGAGAUCUUAACUCUAGGAAAGAUUAGGCAUCGUAACAUCGUAAAGCUAUAUGGAUUUUGCUAUCAUCAGGGUUCUAAUUUACUUCUCUAUGAGUAUAUGGCCAGAGGUAGCUUGGGUGAACUGCUUCACAGUACAUCUUGCAGAUUGGAUUGGCCAACUCGCUUUAUGGUGGCUGUUGGAGCUGCUCAAGGACUUUCUUACUUACAUCAUGAUUGCAAGCCCCGGAUCAUCCACCGUGAUAUAAAGUCCAAUAAUAUUCUGAUUGAUGAGAAGUUUGAAGCUCAUGUUGGUGAUUUUGGUUUGGCAAAAGUUGUUGAUAUGCCUCAAUCUAAGUCGAUGUCUGCAGUUGCUGGCUCAUAUGGCUACAUAGCCCCUGAAUAUGCUUACACCAUGAAAGUUACGGAAAAAUGUGAUAUCUAUAGUUAUGGGGUAGUCCUUUUGGAGUUGCUAACUGGAAAAGCACCCGUACAGCCCCUAGAACAAGGCGGUGAUCUUGUCUCAUGGGUGAAGCAUUAUGUUAGGAACCAUUCAUUGACACCAGGGGUACUCGAUAGCCGAUUGGAUUUGGAAGAUGUAAUUACUGUUAGUCAUAUGCUUACAGUUCUUAAAAUUGCUCUAAUGUGCACUAGCAUGUCCCCUUAUGAUCGUCCUUCAAUGCGCGAGGUUGUUCUGAUGCUGAUUGAGUCUGAUGAGCAAGAAGGGAACUUUCUCUCAUCUCCAGUUUAUGAUCUCCCUCUGAAAGAUAAUUCCUUCUAGAUGCAUGUAAGAAGCACAUCUCAAUUAACUUUGAUAAUUUUUUAGUACUAAUUCUCCUUGUAUUUUUUUUCUUAAUGGCUAAAUUAUAGAUAUUCCCAUGUAUAUUUCUCAUAGUGAAAAUUUCAUCAAUCACUUUCUAGAACUAGUUUGGAGGUGAUUGAUGUUAUUUCAAUAGUUCUCCAUCUGAUGGUUAUGGAAAAUAAUAUGCUUUAUGCUUUUCUCACUAUA